AGUGGGCACACCACUUAAAUGAAGAGAAAUACGAGAGGCAACGUAACUAACAUUUGUGACGAUGUAAAGAUGUUCAAGUAGCAUUAGCUGUUUGUUUAGAUAAUAAAAACUCACUGGAACACAACCAGGUAAAAACAAAGAACAGAACACAGGAAGAACGAUAAACAGGCGUCAUUGACCACCGCACACAACAUCACAACAAUCUGACAAAAACAAGAGUGAGGGAGAGAGAAAUAUAUAUACUCAGGACACCAGGUGGCACCAGUGAGACUAAUGAACAGGUGAUCACAGGUGAGAGCGGUGACACUGAUUACCCUAGAAACAGACAGACCUCACAGUACUACCUCAUUACUACAUCCAACAACACUGCAAAAGCGCCCCCUGAAGGCUGACUUUGCUGCUGCAUGAGCUGUGAAUAAACAGAUGCUAAAUAGCUUGGGGACCAUAACAGCCACUUUGCAUCUGGGAACUAAUUCUUGGCAGCAUGUCUUCCAUGUGCUUCGGGGAUUCACACACUGCAGCUGAGCUGUGAUGCAGCCUGUGUAUUUCAAGGAGUUUGUGUUGUUGUUGUUUGUUUGUUUUUUAUCAGUGACAGAUAUGCCUUUGAUAUAUACAUGGUGUGUCGGUUAACAUGGCGUACUGAGUCGGUACUGUAUUUUCUUUGUUGUUUUUCUGCUUCACAAACUAAUUAAUUAUUGUUAUGGCAGGUUGGUUGAUGUCUGUGUAUUUUUUUUAACUGUGUGGUUGUUGGCGGAGUUUGACAGUAUGAAUGUGUGAAGAAAGAUUAAAGGUUCGAUAGCUCCCUUUGGAGGCGGUCUUUCGUGUCCUUCUGUUAUUUUAUUUACCCAGUACAAGCGUCAUUACGUAAUAAUAAUUGUCAUUAAUUAGCGGAAACAUAUUUCGCAGAUUAAAGAAUGCAUCUUUGGUGUUGUGUUGACAUGAAACUCGAAAGCGACGUUGAGAUCCGAAAUAAAGCCAGUGUGUGUGAGAAUGUAGAAUGUAGUGAGUGUGAUAAAAGUAUUCCUGGGAAAGAGGUUGACUAUGUUCUUACUGAUUCAUUGGCAGCCAAUUAUGUGUGGUUUUGUUUUAGUAUUUCCUCUGGAGGAUAUUUGUUUUCUUCUGCGAUGGUACAGAAACCUUCCUUACUUUCUUUGUGUGUAUCAUAGAGUCAAAUUGGACAACAUUUGAAACAGAUUUCUGCUACUACCUUAUUUUGAAAAACCAUUACAGGAAGUUAAGCUGCUUUGCUUCUUUGCUGUUGCAGCUUAAAGGUUUAGGUUAUCGUAGAAGGAUGUCCAAAUUUGGGGGGCGGGGGGCGGGAUAACACGGAUCGAGAUAGGAAUAUGAUGCAGAAUAUGAAUUCUGCUGCCUGUUUUUUUUUUCAUCCGACGACGGUAUCGUUUUUAUCAUGGUAAUUUAAAGAGGAAACUGCGCGUGACCUAGGUUUGUUGAAACAGCACAUGACAGAAGGGAUGCUGCAAUGUGUGUAUCAUCAGGGUUUUUUGUGUGAAUUAACACAUUUAUUUGUUUUGUUUUCAUAGUUUUUUUGUUUGUAUUUAUUUUUAAAAGCUUGCUCAUCUGGAGUUAAAACUCAGUGGAUUCAUCCAUCAUCUUGUCCGUGACCCAUUCCUUCUGAUCUUCGGCAUAUUGCUGCUGCAGACGGCAUGCCCCGUUAGAAAGAGUGCGUGAAAGCUCAAUCCUGCGACAUGGAGGUGUCAAGGUCGAAUUGUCGCUAUUUGAGAAAUCUGAUCAUGUCGUUGACUUUGUACUGGCUCAGCGUCGGUCAAUCCGCGCUGGAUGCUUCGGGCCUGCCUCUGGCCAUGCGCGUUCCAUUGCGGCAAGGCGCUCGCAGUGAACGUUUACCGUCAUCGCCGCCCUCUGCCGCACGGAGGCGAAGGGAUGCAGCACCGAGUAGCAUCAAUUUCGUCAACAUGAUCGACAAUCUGAGAGGCAAGUCCGGACAAGGAUACUACGUGGAAAUGGUCGUGGGCUCUCCUCCGCAGAAGUUUAACAUCCUGGUGGACACAGGUAGCAGCAAUUUUGCUGUUGGAGCAGCUUCUCAUCCCUUCCUGCAUCGAUACUACCAUCGUUCCCUUUCAAGCUCAUAUUGUGAUCUUGGCAGGAGUGUAUACGUUCCCAACACACAGGGUCGCUGGGAGGGUGAACUGGGGACCGACCUAGUUUCUGUCCCAUAUGGUCCCAAUGUGACUUUGCGUACCAACAUCGCUGCUAUAACCCAGUCUGAUCGCUUUUUCAUUAAUGGAUCUAACUGGGAGGGAAUUCUGGGAUUGGCCUAUGCUAAUAUAGCCCGGCCUGAUGAGACACUGGAGCCUUUCUUCGACUCCCUGGUCCGUCAGACUCGUGUUCCCAACAUUUUCUCUCUCCAGCUGUGUGGAGCUGGCUUCACCCAAAACUACACCCUGAGCAGUUCUUCUGUUGGUGGCAGCAUGAUCAUUGGAGGAGUGGACCCGUCACUGUAUGUAGGAGACCUGUGGUACACUCCUAUUCGCAGGGAAUGGUACUAUGAAGUUAUUAUAGUUCGUAUCGAGGUGAAUGGACGGGACCUAAACAUGGACUGUAAAGAGUACAACUAUGAUAAGAGUAUUGUGGACAGUGGAACCACCAAUCUCCGGCUGCCCAGAAAGGUUUUCCAGGCAGCAAUCAAGGCCAUUGAAGCAGCCUCUUCAACAGAGCAGUUUCCCACUGGAUUCUGGCUGGGAGAGCAGCUCGUAUGUUGGCAGGCGGGCACGACACCCUGGCACAUCUUUCCAGUCAUCUCUUUGUACCUGAUAAGUGAAAAACACAACCAGUCCUUCAGAAUCUCCAUUCUCCCGCAGCAAUACCUGCGACCAGUAGAGGAUGUGGCUUCAGCCCAAGAGGACUGUUAUAAGUUUGCUGUGUCCCAGUCCAACACUGGUACAGUGAUGGGGGCUGUCAUUAUGGAAGGCUUCUAUGUGGUUUUUGACCGGGAGAGAAAAAGAAUUGGCUUUGCAGUUAGCACGUGCCACGUGCACGAUGAAUUUCGCACAGCCUCUGUAGAGGGUCCCUUUCACGGAGUUGCUUUGGAGGACUGUGGCUACAACAUACCUCAGACAGAUGAGUCCACGCUCAUGGUAAUUGCCUACAUCAUGGCAGGAAUCUGUGCUCUCUUUAUGCUGCCUUUAUGUCUCAUGGUGUGCCAGUGGCAUUUUAACCGCUUCCUCAACCCACACAGAGACUUUGCUGAUGAUAUAUCACUGUUGAAAUGAAGUGGAGAAAGAGCAGGACAAAUAAGGUUCAAGGUUCAAGCCAAUCUUAUAACAAUGCUGAGACUGUUGAGUAUUGAUGUGAUGAAAGGAAACGUACAAAAUGGUAGGGAAUACAGACUGUAACGCAUGACAACGUCGACUUUAGCAAUCGAUGCCAUCUAUGCAUCAGUGUCCUCAGAAAGUGGGAAAAUGUCAAACAAAAGAGAAUUAUGUAUUGUAUAAAAUUUAUAUCAAAACUAUACAGAGCAGAUUUGGAUUUUGAAUAUUGCUCCCCACCUAGAGCUUUGAAUUUAAGAAGAAAGUCAGAAUAAAAUUUGUGUUUAAACCCUCAAGGUGGCUCCACAGUUCUGAUUUCUAUGGCAUAGACAUCACAGAAGAUAAUAAUUGAACAUGCCUCCGACUUUACAUACAGCAUUUAUUAAAAGAAAAUAUCAAUGAAUAAUCAAUGAAUAACAACUGAUUUGAUCACAGAUCAACAUGAAUUAGCAUUUAAUGAGAUUAAUCGGUGUCCCAUAGAUGUAAAAUAACAAUGACAAUUCAAGAUCACCUGCCUAAACAUUCAGAUUAUUCAUAACUUGGCUAAAUGGAACGUGACAAAGAUGGGAGACACUCUUUUACUAUAUAUAAAAACCCAAAAACAGCAAAACCAAAUGUGGUGGCCACCAGCUGGGGAGAGAGAUGAGAGACAGAGAGACAGAGAGUGAAAAGAGAGGGAGGCUGGUGUUGCCAAGAAUUCCAUUAAUGUCUUUACUUGUAUUUUCCAUACAGCUUAACAGUUAAUUUUUCUAAAUUGUAUACUUUGACAUGAAAGAUCCCCACAUUAAGUUAUACUCUGAAGAGCUCAAUGCUGUAUGCUAAUGUGUUCUUAAGACUGUGUGUAUAUAUAUUUGACAGGCACCUGCGACUCUUGGCUCAAUAAAGACAUUGCGUUCUGUGUACAUUAGGGCUGUAACAGUGCAAGUAUUAAUAUGCUGUACAAGUACAGGCAUGUACCGAACACAAUUUUAGUAAACGUGUGAAACCGCAAGUGUGACAAGGGGAACCGUGGUAAUGGAGAGAAGAACGAAGUACAACUUCCUCAUCAACACAUUAGUGGCGACACACAAUUGCUGCUCACUCAAGUCCUUCAGUUUCAUCUUCCAAUAAUUUCAAAUUAAUUAGCAGGCGAGCCCAAUAUG